GGACAAGGCCUAUGCAGUGAGGGGAGGCAGGGCUGGGGGCUGGAGGGGUUGUUUGUAGUGACUUGCCGCAUACUUAAUGGCCAGUGUGUGGGACCUCCCCCUAACCUGAUAGCCACAGGUCUGGUGGGAGAGCCCUUAAUCCUGGCAGGCCUUGGGCACCAGCUCUGAUGUCGACCCAACAGUCUGCCGCCCCCGCUCCUUGCCUCCUGAAGUGGCCACCCAGCCAAGGACAGGGCCGCCUGCCCACCUCCUGGGUGUGGGUGCUGCCUGGCUGGCGCCUCUGCCACCAGCUCUGUACGCGCUCACCUCAGCCAGGCCAGCAUGCUGGGCACCGCGCUCCUGCUGCUGGCCCUGCUCCCGGGGACCACCACCUUGCCCAGCGAGCCAGCUGAGCCCCCGUUCCCUGCGGCGCCCGGGCCCUGGCUGCGCCGACCCCUUUUCAGUCUGGAGCUGUCGGACGCGGAGGAUGCCUUCCCGCGCCGUGCGGGGCCGCUCGAGGUCCCAGCGGACAGCCGGGUGUUUGUGCAGGCGUCCCUGGCCCGUCCCUCCCCGCGCUGGGGCUUGGCCCUGCACCGCUGCUCCGUAACACCGUCCUCGCGGCCGGCCCCGGCCCCCGCCCUGGCGCUGCUGCGCGGGGGCUGCUCCGCCGACUCCUCGGUCACCUUCCCGCCACCGCGGCCGCUCCUCGGUGCCGCCCGGCCCGCGCGUUUCAGCUUCCGCCUGCGCCCGGUCUUCAACGCCUCUGUGCAGUUCCUGCACUGCCAACUGAGUCGCUGCCGCCGCCUCCGCAGAACCCGCUGGACGCCUGCGCCUUUGACAAUGCCUCCUCUGUCCCCGGUGCGCGGGCGCAGGACCGGGAACCUCGGCGCCCGGGCCGAUCAAGGGUUGGGCGCAAGCGCCUCUGACAUCCGAGGGAGAAACUCCUUAGGGUUUGGACAUCUGGGUGCUUUUAGACCUGGGGGUGGUGGUUAUCUUGAAACUGGGAGUAGGUACUGGGUCUCAGGCUGGGGUUGGGGGCAGAGACGUCCGAAGGGCCAGAUUUCCAGGGUUCUAGUGAUGCGAUCCCUGGUUGCAACAGAGUGCUGGACACUUAGAUCUGCCUGCGGCCCAGUCCGUGGAGUCCGGCCCCUGACAUUCCCGUCUCUUGUGCCCCCUUCCUUGCAGUGUCUGCCUCAGGAUGAGGCGUGCGCGGGCGCCGGCAGUGGGAGCGAUGAGAGCCCGGGUGCUGACAGCCCCCACCUGCACACACUGACGCAGCCCAUCGUGGUGACUGUGCCACGGCUGCCCCCCAGGCUACCCAAGGGCUUCCCCGGCAGAGCUGUGCUCCCCGAGUCUCCCGCGCCGGCCCCGCAGGCCCUGGAGCCCGCGCCGGUGGUAGCGCUAGUGUUGGCCGCUUUCGUGCUGGGCGCCGCUGUGGCCGCCGGGCUGAGCCUCGUGUGCGCGCACUCAGCUUCCCUCUCUUCUCCAGCGCCCCAACUCCACGGUCAGCCCCCGAGAGCCUCGCCCAGCGGCCCCCCGCCCAGGAGGCCCCAGUGAGGCAGAGAUGGAGAGCCCACAGCAGGAUCCGGAGACAAACCAGCCACGGCCUCGUAUUAGGCCCGCCAGUACCUGGGACUCGAUGGGACUACAAUCGCUGCGCCCCGCCCUCCUUGCUUCUCCUCCCACCCUCCCACCUGGG